AUGGGCGAGAGCACCAGCCCCAUCAGCGUUAUCCUGGUGAGCUCGGGCAGCCGCGGCAACAAGCUGCUCUUCCGCUUCCCCUUCCAGCGCGGCGCCGAGCACCCCGCCGCACAGGCCAAUAAACCGAGGAGUCGAUAUGCUGUGAAUAGCUCUGGUGACACCACAGAAGAUCAAGAUGGGGACUCCAGAGACCAAUGUCCUCUAACUGAUGAGCAAUUGGUUUCGGGGUUUUCGGAUGUCAUCCUGGCAACAAUUUUGGCUACCAAGUCAGAUAUGUGUGGCAAAAAGUUUGAACUGAAGAUUGAUAAUGUUCGCUUUGUUGGCCAUCCCACAUUGCUUCAGCACGCCCUUGGGCAGGUAUCCAAAACUGAUCCCUCACCAAAGAGAGAGAUGCCCACUAUGAUUCUCUUCAACGUGGUGUUUGCACUAAGGGCCAAUGCAGAUCCAUCCGUGAUAAACUGCUUACACAACCUCUCCCGAAGAAUCGCCAUAGUCUUGCAGCACGAGGAGCGCCGCUGCCAAUACCUGACCAGGGAGGCCAAGCUGAUCUUAGCUAUUCAGGAUGAAGUGUCUGCCAUGUCAGAGACCACAGAAGGGCCACAGUCACCUUUCCAUCACAUCCUACCCAAAUGCAAAUUGGCCAGAGAUCUCAAAGAGACAUAUGACAGUCUCUGCACAACAGGGGUGGUCCGUUUACAUAUCAACAACUGGCUGGAAGUGAGUUUCUGCCUGCCUCAUAAAAUCCAUUAUGUUGCCACAAACUUUAUACCCCCUGAAGCAAUUGAGAGAAGCCUGAAAUCUAUCAGGCCGUACCAUGCCUUAUUACUUUUAAAUGAUGAGAAGUCAUUGCUUAAUGAGCUCCCGUUGGACUGCUCUCCUGCCCUGGUGAGAGUAAUUAAAACUACCUCUGCUGUGAAGAAUUUGCAGCAACUAGCUCAAGAUGCUGACUUGGCAUUGCUGCAGGUUUUCCAGCUUGCUGCACACCUUGUUUACUGGGGAAAAGCAAUUAUUAUUUAUCCGCUGUGUGAGAACAAUGUCUACAUGCUUUCUCCAAACGCCAGUGUCUGUCUUUACUCUCCAUUAGCAGAUGCGUUUUCUUGUCAGUUCCGGGGUCACAACCUGCCGUCGAUGCUUUCCAAGUUCUCCCUCCCAGUGUCACUCUCAGAGUUCAAGAAUCCGCUUGCUCCACCCGUUCAGGAGACUCAGCUCAUUCAAAUGGUGAUAUGGAUGCUACAACACCGUCUUCUUAUUCAGCUUCACACUUACGUCUGUCUGAUGGUGCCACCAAAUGAGGAGGAUUUCCGAGCCCAAGAUGAAGACAUGCCCUUUACUGCCAGAGUUGGAGGACGAAGUUUAAGCACCCCCAAUGCUCUCAGCUUUGGUUCCCCAACUAGUAGUGAUGACAUGACUCUGACAAGCCCUAGCAUGGAUAAUUCCAGUGCUGAGUUGAUACCUGGUGGGGACUCACCCCUAAAUAAAAGGAUGACAGAGAAUCUCCUAGCAAGCUUGUUGGAACAUGAGCGGGAAGCUAUCCUUAAUGUCCCUGCUGCCCAAAAUCCAGAAGAUCUUCGCAUGUUUGCAAGGCUGCUGCACUAUUUCCGAGGCCGACACCAUUUGGAGGAGAUCAUGUACAACGAGAACAUGCGUCGCUCCCAGCUGCUGAUGCUGUUUGACAAGUUCCGCAGCGUGCUGGUGGUGACCAGCCAUGAGGACCCUGUGAUUUCAGUUUUUCAGUCUCUCUUAAAGUGACUCUACUGGCAAAGGAAGGGAACCUGCUACACUCGCCAUACUGAUAGUCUAAAAGAUGCCUAAAACCUAAAGGAGGUGAACUCAAUUCCUUCUUGCCCUGUGACAUACAGCACAUUCUCCCCCUCUGUGCCUCCAUUUUCCAUCUGUUCCCUGUGGUGACAGCUGAGGAGGGUCUGUGCGAGGGCUCUGGGGCCUGCUGCAGGACAGCAUGCACUUGCUCAGCCUGGAUUCCUGCCACGCCACGUUCACAGCACGGGAGCUGCUGGUUCACUGACCCUGCUCCCUCCCCAGGGCUUGAGAGUGGGCCAGAAGCUUUCCCCUGCAGUGUUACUGACAGUAUUUCACCUUUGGGUGGACGCUGGUGCAUCAGAAGUGCUUUCUCUGCUCUCCAACAACAUGACUGCUGGAUUGUUCAGCCACCAGCUCUGUUUGUGAGCAGCCUGGCCCCAUGGCAGAACAGAGUUGGCCUGGUUUGAUCAUUGUUACCUGGCAGCAGUGAGGACAGAGGUAGGAAGGCAAAGUAUCACAAGUAAAGAUUUUCAUGAAUAAGAAUGACUCUCAGUGUGUUACGGCUUAUUAUUUCCUCUCCCCAGUAUCCUUAUUACUAAGUGUCUGUUGGAGCUCGGCUGUCACCAAGCAGCCCGUGUUUGUGGGUUUGCAGAGUCUCCAGUUUUUGACUGGGGGGGGGAAGCUUUGUUGUUGAGCAGGACUGAAAUUAGCUGGCCAAGCUGCAAAUGCAUGGAUGUAUCAGUUCCACACAGCCAGAGGCUUGUGCUAAGGGCACUCAGA